CAUUUUUGCACAACCCACGUGUUUUAUAUUCGGUUGUUCGUUAAUUUCGUCAUGGAUCAUAUUAAAAAAGAUGAGAGAUUUUCCCAUAUAUCAAAGGAUCCAAAAUUCCGUAAAUUGGCCAGAAAGGAUAGAAAAGUUAAAAUAGACAAAAGAUUCCAUGGGAUGUUUAAAGACAAAAAAUUUAAAGUUACAUACACAGUAGAUAAACGAGGACGCCCGGUUAAAACAUCCAGUACUGAUCACUUAAAAAAGUUAUAUGAUUUGGAUAGUGAUGAAAAUGAAGAUGAUAGUGAAACUGAUGAAAGCCAAGACGAGGAUGAAAGUGAUGAAGAUGUAAGUGAAAAAAUUCAAGAUUCAAAGCAAAGAAAGAAAUUGAAGGAUACCAAUAAGAAAAGUGAGAGUAAGAGCAGUGAAGGAGAGGAGGAAGAAGAGAGUGGAAGUGACGAAGAAGAGGAGAGUGAAGAUGACGAAGGAAAGCUCGACCUUACCGGACCUGACUUAGCUAGGGGAGAGGGUGCCAUUGAUUCUAGUAGCUCAGAAGAAGAAUACGAAUUGGAAGAUGAACGUUUUGAUCAUGAAUGGGGAGAAGUAGAUAAAAAUGUUAAACGAUCAGAAGAAAUAACUUGCAGACUUGCAUGUUGUAAUCAAGAUUGGGAUAGGAUAAGGGCUGAGGAUUUACUUAUGAUUUUCAAUUCAUUUAAACCUUCUACAGGAGUAGUAAAAUCUAUUACCAUUUAUCCCUCCGAAUUUGGUUUACAACGUAUGAAACAAGAAGACCUUGAAGGUCCAAAAGAGCUAUUCGAGAAAGAGGAAAGCUUGGCUACUUCGAAUGAUCAAGUUGAAGGAGAAGACUAUCACAGAGAGAAAUUACGACAAUAUCAAUUAAAAAGACUUAAGUAUUAUUAUGCAAUAGUAGACUGCGAUAGUCCUGAAACGGCUAAUGCCAUUUAUGAGCAAUGUGAUGGUGUCGAAUUUGAGACAAGUUCGACUAAAAUGGAUUUAAGGUUUGUUCCGGAUGAUAUGACAUUUAGUGAAAACUUUAAAGCACGUGUUUCUGACGUUGAUUUACUAAAUUACAAGCCGAUUUUGUUCAAAACUACCGCUCUAAUGAGAUCUAAUGUUGAGUUAACUUGGGAUGAGACAGAUCGCUCUAGAUCAGCCAUUCUCAAUAAAAAAUUUAAGAAGGACGAAAUAGACAAUCUUAAUAUCAAAGAUUAUCUUGCAUCGUCUUCAGAGGAUUCUGCUUGCGAUGAAGAAAAUGGAAAUGAAAGUAAUGACGACGAUGAUAAUGAAAAUAUUAUUGAAAAAAAGAGAAACAAAUAUAAGGCACUUUUAGAGGAAAUUGAUACGAAAGAUGAGGAAAAUGAAAAAGAAGAUAAAAACGAUGUUAAUAUGGAAAUAAAAUGGAAUACUGGUCUUAAAGCUAAAUCCGAAGAAAUUGUCAAAAAAGCUAAAGAUGAUAAAGAAUUAUCUGUAUUUGAAAAAUACUUAGAAAAGAGAAAAGAAAAGAAAAAGCUAAAGAGACGAAAGACAGCAAUCAAAGAGAGUGAUGAGGGUGAAGAUGAAGAUAUGGAGGAAAACGGAUUUCAAGCAUUUAGUGACGAUGACGUAGGAGCAGAGUCUCCUCCACCCAAAAAGAAGAAGAAAGGCAAGAAGUCUAAAAUUGAAAAACGAGUACUAACAGCUGAAGAGGAGGAAGAGGAGAAAAAGGCUCAAGCAGAACUCUCUCUAUUAAUGGAAGAUGACGAUAAUAGAAAACACUUUAACUUAUCCUCAAUAAUAGAAGCCGAAAAGUUCUCUAAACUGAGCAACAGAAGAAAGAAAAAACUUUUGAAAAAGAAUAAAGAUCGAUUGAAACUUGAAAAAGAAUCACAGGACGACUUCCAAUUGAACCUUAAUGACGAUAGAUUCUCAAAAUUAUAUUCUAAUCCCUCAUAUAAUAUAGAUCCAUCAGCACCACAGUUCAAGAAGACCAAAGCUAUGGACAAUCUCGUCAAAGAAAAAAUCAAAAGAAGUAGUGAGAUCGUAAAUACUGAAAUUAAAAAAGUAAAGAAGGAAAAUAACGAUAUUAAGGCUUUGGUUGCAGCCGUUAAAAUGAAAGCAAACAAAAAGAAAAAGGCUAAAAGCUAAUUAUUAAUAGUAUAGUUUAUUUGAUUACUUCUUGUUUCUUAAGCUUGAGACAAAAUGUUCAGGUGUAUUUUACACUGUGUUAUAAGACUGUAUUUUUGUAAAAAUAAUACACUAAACUGAAUAUACAGUAAUUCUAAAGGAGGGUAUAAGAAAUAAAGAUGUCUAAAAACAUUAAGUACAUAUUUCUUUUAAAUUAUAUUAAUCAUUCCUGCUUUAUUCAUGCUUGCAGUACUUCCAGCAGCAAUUGGCUCCACUUGAUCAAUAGGUACUUUUUCUGGCUCAGGCCUCACUGACAAAUAAGGCAUGGAGAUAUUGGUCUUCAUCGGAGGCGCUCUUAUUAGAUCUCUAACGAUUACUGUAUGAACAAAAUGCGAUAUCCCAGCAAAUAUUGAAAAGAAUGUGCUAAGAAUAAACAAGCCAUAGGAGAAAGAAGGAUAGUUCAAAUAAGGGAAUGGUAGCCAGAGUCGGUCCAAUUUGAACAUAAUUCCAAAAACUAAAAUUGUUAUAGCCUUCAAAAUAGAACUUAUAAUGGUCAACGUAGUUAUGGAUUGGAUAAGACAAAUAGGUUGGGAUCUAUCUUGUAGCCCAGCCUCAUUAUUCAUACUGUCAUUUGCUCUUUCCUUAACCUUUAACCAGGCAAGAAAGCCCAAUAUUACAUUACAUAAUUCCAUUACGAAAGAAACAGUUACUGCAACUUGAACAAAAAUAAACCAAGGUGGCAUAAUCCAACCGCGAAUCUUAUAGUAUUCUGGAGCAAGAAUCCACCAGCAUCCGUGAUACGCUUUUUGAGACGUAUCGGCUGGUAGAACCAAGCCAGAGAAGCAUACCUCCCAAAGACCCAAUCGUCUGAACGGACUGUACACUCUGGGCCAGGAUAUAAUCCAAUAAGGUGUAGAGAAACCAAGACCAACAUUUAAACACGAGAGAAAGUUUAAAAUUAAGCCAGUUUCGAAUAUCCAUCUCCUCCCCUCUUUCCUAUUCAUUGUCUUAACCAUUCUUUCGUUUCUUACCCUAACGAAAGUAGUUCAAAGAAUGUAUUCACAGCUAUUGAACAAUAUUUUAGCUAUUUUCUUUCAGGUGGAGACUGAUCGUUCGAUUGUAUACAGGUAAGCAACAAUUGGCUGAUAAGAUUAACCUUUAGUAUGCACUACGUUUGCUAUCAUUUCAGGCAAAAAGAUAAGAGUCAUAUUGAAAAGUUAUUUAUUUACAUACAUAUAUACAUUUAUAUAAAUAAUUAUUACUCAAUCCAUAAAACCAAAUUUAAAUUAGAACAGGAUUUUUAGUUUUAACUUAGCUGAAAGUUGACGAAUUGACAAGUAGACUUUAUACUAUUAUUCUUUAUACUUUUAUAUUUUAACUAUAUUAUAUUUAAAAACAAUGAAAAACAUCUUAAAUAAGAUCAUAACAUUUUGUUCAAUUAUUUAGCAAUAUUUUGGACCAGUUUAGAAAAGUCUGUUUGAAAUUUUAAUAAUGUCUUGUCAAGAACACCGAUAGGAGGUACGCACUUCAAAACUUCUUAAAUUUUGUUCUAGAUGGCUCUACUAGUAUUUUAAAUUUGCAACGUGUUGGUCACGUGAUUCCGCGUAUCUCCACGUCACGGACAAUUCGACACAUCUUAUAUCCGCUAAACUUCUAUAUUCAAUUCUAUUUGCUUCUGAAAAAUCAGUUCAGCAUGGAUCAAUUGAUGCAAAUUGUCGAGCCAGCUAAACAAUUUACGAAAGAUUCAAUUCGUCUCGUCAAAAGAUGUACCAAGCCUGAUCGUAAAGAGUUUCAAAAGAUCGCUAUGGCGACUGCUAUUGGAUUCAGUAUAAUGGGAUUUAUCGGAUUCUUCGUCAAACUUAUCCAUAUUCCGAUCAACAACAUCAUUGUGUACGUAUAAUUACUUUUUGGUUUAUCCUAAAACAAAUCAGUAUAUUGGACUUUAUUAUUAUCAUGAUAUUCAAAUAGCAGUUUCUAGGUCAUACAAGUAACAAAUUAUCUAUUUAUAAAAACACCUAUGAAUCCUUCUAAACAAUUUAAAAGCUCUUUCAAAGAGAAUUUUAAAUUAGCAGGAAACCCCAAAAAAGGGAUUGUUACAUAGGAUAUACUGUAAAUUAAAUAGCUUAAAGUUUAUUUAAAAAUACUCAUAUAUUAGCUUGUAAUUUAUAAUAUAGAGACACCUAAAACACCAGUGUCUUUAUCUGCAUAUAUGUAUAGUUUGUAUACAUAAAUAACAUUUUAUAGGCUGAAUUAUUAAUAUUUUUUUGUUUUAUUUUUUCUUUAUACAGCGGCUCAUAAGGAUUUGAAAGAACUCGAAUUAAUUAGGUAGCACUAUUUGAAACAUUCAAUCAUCGUUAAUAAAUUGUUUGCAUAAUGGUUCAUCCGUAUCGGAGUUGUGUAUAUAAUUUAUGAAUUACAAAGUGCAUUCAAAGUAAAUCUAAACGAAAAAUUAUCAAUUUGAGGGCAGUUGUAAAUAUGUCUUGCGAAAUUCUUGCAAUAGUUUUUCUUCUUCAUUCUUCUUUCGUAGCAAUCUCUUAUCACUCCAUCUUCUGAUAAAAUAAUAGAUACAAACCACCAUUAGAGAAACAAUAACAUUGACCACUAAUAUGAAAAACAUGAACCGAACCCGGUGACCUCUUGGGAAUGACCGAAAUGUAUCGUUUUGUUCCGCAUCGCUACCUAUCGUUUUCGUCGUAUCGCUUUCACUAGACCUUUCUUUUCGACGUUGGUUAUGAUUAUUAAGCUAGAUUUGUGCAAGUAAUUAUAUAUUGCAAUGAAGGAAAGCUAGUUUAAGCACCUGUGACAAAGUUUUUCUGUUUGAUUUCUUGAUCUUACAUUUCCUCUUUAAUUCCUGUUCGUUGAACUCAUGCGUUUCCCACCAGCUCCAAUUUUGACAAGAAAUUCUAACGACAUCCUCUGUCGUUCUGUUCCUCCUUAGACUAAUCAACUUCAUUAACCAAGCAGACUCGCAUUUACAGCCAAUAACAUAUGGAAAUCGUAGAAUUCGAAUUCGUUUUAAAUAGCUAACAAGACCAUUAUUUAUGUUAACUAAGCGAAUAUUAGUUAAAAUGGAGAGCUCUUGCGUUAUUUUAAAGUUUAAAGCCCUCUUCCAGUUGACCGUUGAACCAGAAAUAGAGGACACAUUCAUGCGUAAAACCUGGUCAGUGAAUGAAUAUUUUUUGUUGCAGUCCUUUCCAGACAAUAUUUCGCUUAAUUCGUUUCUUUUAGAAGGAAAAUAAGAUUUAUAUAAUAUUUGCAUAAUGGAUUAUAUAAGAAUGAAUAAGUAAUAAAGAAAUAGAACUAAAUUAACUUUAAACCAUCCGUAAAAAUUAUAUUAAGUUGUUUUAUAUAGUUGAUUGUUAAUUUACGCGGUAAUUUACCAACAGCUACUAAAUUCAAUUCAUUAAUUUUAUCAAGAUGAAACUGGAAUUUUGCUGCAUUACUGGAAUCCGAGCAAUUACUAAUUGAUGCCUUAACUAUAGUAAUUCUAUCGUUGAAUAAAUUAUGCAAAUCAGUUUGAUCAAGACCGCCACACGUCAAAACGACUUCCGUAUAAUUUCCUUUCCUUGCACACUUUUCUCUCUUCAUCGAAGGACAAAUUAAUCUUAGUUUAUUAGAACUACAAUCGCAAAUAUUUUCUGCGUUUACUAGUUUAUAUAGAAUUGUAGUAAGAUUACAGAAUAGUACAAAUAAACUGCAAAAUUUACAAUCCAUCUGUCUUUUAUCUUUUGAAUUAUAAUUCAAA